GUUCUGCCUUGUUUACCACCGCUUCACAAACACGCUCUAGAAGAAAAAUUAGUUUUCCCGUCUGAAACUGUAACAAAACCCCUUUUAAAUCACAAAUUUCAAUCAUGGAUGAUGAAGCAGAGACCUACAAGCUGUGGAGGAUCAGGAAAACCGUGAUGCAGUUGUGUCACGACCGGGGCUAUUUGGUCACUCAGGACGAAUUGGACCAGACCCUAGAGGACUUCAAAGCACAGUUCGGUGACAAGCCAAGCGAGAGGCAUCCGCAGCGCAGUGACCUGAUCGUGCUGGUGGCACACAACGACGAUCCCACAGACCAAAUGUUCGUCUUCUUCCCUGACGAGCCCAAGAUCGGCAUCAAGACCAUCAAGGUGCUGUGCCAGCGCAUGCAGGACGAGAAUAUUCACAGGGCCAUCAUCGUCGUGCAAACCGGAAUGACGCCCUCGGCCAAACAGUCGCUCACCGACAUGGCGCCUAAAUACAUCUUGGAGCAUUUCCUCGAGUCUGAGCUGCUGAUUAACAUCACUGAACACGAACUGGUGCCGGAACACGUUGUCAUGACCUCCGAGGAAAAGGCAGAAUUGCUCGCCAAAUACAAAUUGAAAGAAAACCAGCUGAUGAGAAUCCAGCAAGGCGACCCUGUGGCUAGAUAUUUUGGACUGAAGCGUGGCCAGGUUGUCAAAAUCAUCAGACCCUCGGAAACUGCUGGACGGUACAUCUCCUAUCGACUGGUUUGCUGAGUGAAAUUUAGCUUAAUUA